GAACUUCAGUCCAAAUGAUUCACGGAAGAUGCUGAAGAAUCGGGAGCUUCUGCCUUCCCACAGACGCUGCAGUGAAGAUGAGAUCAUGGUGCCAGUGCUGAGCUCCAAGAAAGCCAGCGAGCUCCCAGUCAACGAAGUCACCUGUCUGCUCCAGGCUGACCUGCAGCAUGGUCUGACCCAUGAGGAAGUGGCCCGUAGGAGGCGCUAUCACGGCUGGAACGAGUUCGACAUCAGUGAAGACGAGCCACUAUGGAGGAAGUACAUUUCACAGUUCAAAGACCCUCUGAUUCUGCUGCUCUUGGCCUCUGCUGUGAUCUCUGUUCUUAUGCAUCAGUUCGAUGACGCCUUCAGCAUCACUGUGGCCAUUAUCAUCGUAGUGACUGUGGCCUUUGUCCAGGAGUAUCGCUCAGAGAAGUCCCUGGAAGAGCUCGGAAAACUGGUGCCUCCAAAAUGUCACUGUGUGAGGGAGGGUGCUCUGGAGCAGCGUCUAGCUCGAGACCUGGUCCCAGGUGACACAGUGUGUCUAUCGGUCGGAGAGAGAGUCCCGGCCGACCUCAGGCUGUUUGAGGCCUCUGACCUGUCUGUGGAUGAGUCCAGUCUGACCGGGGAGACAACACCCUGUCCCAAAAGCACCGCCCCAGUACCCUCCAACGACAUGGCGUCUAGACAGAACAUCGCCUUCAUGGGGACACUAGUGCGCUACGGGAAGGCCAAGGGUAUUGUGAUUGGGACUGGAGAGAAUUCAGAGUUUGGAGAAGUGUUUAAGAUGAUGCAGGCGGAGGAGGCCCCAAAGACCCCACUGCAGAAGAGCAUGGACCUCCUGGGGAAGCAGCUGUCCCUCUACUCAUUCGGCAUCAUUGGUGUAAUCAUGUUGGUGGGCUGGCUGCAGGGGAAGAGCAUCCUGGACAUGUUCACCAUUGGAGUCAGUUUGGCGGUGGCAGCAAUCCCCGAGGGCCUGCCCAUCGUAGUCACGGUGACUCUUGCUCUGGGUGUCAUGAGGAUGGUCAAGAAAAGAGCCAUCGUCAAGAAGCUGCCCAUCGUCGAAACACUCAGCUGCUGUAAUGUGAUCUGUUCUGAUAAAACCGGGACUUUGACCAAAAAUGAGAUGACAGUCACACAGAUCUUCACCUCAGACGGACUCCACGCAGAGGUCUCAGGUGUGGGUUAUAAUGGAGCGGGUGAGGUGGUGCUGGAUGGAGAAGUGAUCCACGGCUUCUCCUGUCCCUCUAUCAGCAAGAUCGUUGAGGUGGGCUGCGUCUGUAAUGACUCUGUGAUCAAGAACCACACUCUCCUGGGCCGGCCUACGGAGGGUGCUCUCAUUGCUCUAGCCAUGAAGAUGGGGCUGGAGUCUGUACAGCAGGAGUACAUACGCAUGGAGGAGGUGCCAUUCUCCUCGGAGCAGAAGUGGAUGGCUGUGCGCUGUGUCCACCAAACGCAACAGGACAAAUCAGGCCUGUUCUUCGUCAAAGGAGCCUUCGAGCAGUUGAUUCGCUUCUGCAGCUCCUACCACAGCCACGGAACAACACUGCCCCUCAGCCACCAGCAGAGGGAGCUGUACCAGCAGCAGAUCAGCUACAUGGGCUCAGCCGGGCUCCGAGUCCUAGCAUUUGCCGUAGGCUCUGACCUCUCCUCUUUGACCUUCGUCGGUCUCGUUGGGAUGUUGGAUCCUCCUCGCUCUGGAGUCAAAGAUGCGGUGUCCACUCUGAUUGGCUCGGGUGUCGCUGUGAAAAUGAUCACCGGAGAUUCUCAGGAGACUGCUGUGGCUAUAGCCGGUCGCCUUGGCCUGUGCUCUAAAGGAGGCCAGUGUCUGUCUGGAGAUGAGGUGGAUGCUCUGGACCUGAAGCAGCUCUCUCAGAUCGUACCUCGGAUCGCCGUGUUCUACAGAGCCAGUCCCAGACACAAACUUAAGAUCGUUAAGUCUCUACAGAACAUCGGAGCGGUGGUUGCUAUGACAGGUGAUGGUGUAAACGAUGCGGUGGCGUUGAAGGCGGCGGACAUCGGUGUUGCCAUGGGACGCAGUGGCACCGACGUGUGCAAAGAGGCGGCCGACAUGAUCCUGGUGGACGAUGACUUCCAGACCAUCAUGUGGGCCAUUGAGGAAGGCAAAGGGAUCUACAACAACAUCAAGAACUUUGUCCGCUUCCAGCUCAGCACCUCUAUAGCUGCUCUGACUCUGAUCUCGUUGGCGACUCUGAUGAACUUCCCAAACCCUCUGAACGCCAUGCAGAUCCUGUGGAUCAACAUCAUCAUGGAUGGGCCGCCCGCACAGAGUUUGGGGGUGGAGCCUGUGGACCGUGAUAUCAUCAGGAAGCCUCCCCGUAACCCUAGCGACAGCAUCCUCACGCGCAGCCUCUUGGUCAAAGUGCUGGUGUCAGCACUCAUCAUCGUCUGUGGAACGCUGUUCGUCUUCUGGAGAGAGCUGCAGGACAAUGAGACCACACCUCGAGACACCACCAUGACCUUCACCUGCUUCGUCUUCUUCGACAUGUUCAACGCCCUGAGCUCCCGCUCCCAGACCCGUAUGGUGUAUGAGCUGGGCUUGUGCAGUAACCGGCCGUUCUGCUGUGCUGUCCUGGCCUCCAUCAUGGGCCAGCUGUUGGUGGUGUACUUCCCUCCUCUGCAGAGUGUGUUUCAGACCGAGAGCCUCAGCUUCACAGACCUGUUCUUUCUCGUGGGCCUCACCUCCUCUGUCUGCUUCAUCUCCGAGUUCAUCAAAAAGGUGGAGCAAUGGAGGGGAACAGAAAGACCGCCCCCUGCCCGCAACUACCAUGAGGUAUGACCUCAGUCUGGCCACUGCUGAAGGCGCCACAACAGGACCAAGUCUGGACUGGUUCUGGGUCGAGUGAGAGAGUGAGAGACGAUGAACCGGGCUCCAGUUGACUUUAGUACCAAUAUUUUAGUUGCAAGUUGAUCAGGAAAGUUUCACAGUGUCUCUUUAGAGCUCCUGGGCUAAACCGGGGCUAUGGGGCAUUUCUUUGCAGGUGAAGUUUUAAUCGUUUUUUGUCACACUUUUCACUUCCUGGUGGGAGCAGCCAAAUUUCAUUAUUGAUUCUAUCAGAUUUUAGUUCCAUUUGAAAUGUAUUUUUACUUUAUACUGAAGCUUCUGGAGCCGAUGUGUUUGUCAGACAUAUGUACGUGUGUGUGAGCGUGUGUGAGUGAUCUGUCAGAGGCUUCACUCCGCAGUGCGCCGUGAGGGCAUCUGGGUUUUUUGGGCUGAUAAAUGUUUGGACCACUUUGUCUCUGAGGACGACGCUGCUGUAAAAAUGUUUGAUACAAUUCUGAGAAAUUAUUUUUUAUUUAUUGAGUCGAUUGUGGAACUUUAUCUCCAAAUGUUUAAUAAAGAAUGUGCCUUUGGCACUUUUAUAA